AAUUCAAGCAACUUUUUAAUAGUAGUAUUUCAACUUUCCGAGGUUCUGAUUUGUACAUGAAACCAACAGUUGGAUCACCGGCAGUAACAGUAACAUUUUUGUUUUAAGUUUUGUUUCAAAACUCCAAAAAGAUUUUUAUUCACUAGAAUAAUUCACAAUUUUUUUUUAUUUUUUUUUACAAACGUCACCGCCAUCGUUCGCGUUCGCAUUAUUGUCCCAACAGGGCUUCCGUUUCUAGAUAGCUUACUUCCCGUCAGGCAGAGGAAGGUUUGUUGUUUUUUCUCCAUAAAAGCUCCAAAUGAUAUCAACUAAACGAGGUUAUUACUGAACUCAAAGGUCAAAAGCGAGACGUCUGACCUGCAGUUUUGCUUCCUGAAUGGGUUCUCUGGGCCGCCUCUCUGCCGUCAGACGCCGUUUGCUUCCUCGUUUAACCUCAAAGUCAUGGCUUUCCACCAGACCCUCCAUCCUGGGGGACAGGAACAUCCUGCUCAUGGGCCCCCCCGGGGCAGGGAAGACCACCAUCGGCAGGAUCGUGGCUCACAAACUGGGACUGCCGGCCGUCGACGUGGACGAUGACGUCCUGGAGGUGGCGUGGAAGAGGCCGGUGGCCGCCGUGCUGGCGUCGCUGGGUGGACGGCGGUUCCUGGAGGCGGAAGGCCAAGCUUUGUGCCAGUUCUCCUCCUCGGGCUGCGUGGUUUCCCUGACGGGGUCCAACCCCCUCCACGCUGAGGCCAUGCAGCACGUCCAGCAGAGCGGGCUGGUCGUCUACCUGGACGUGGACGAGGACGACAUCCUGACACGCCUCGACAGGAUGAAGGUGAACAGGAUUGUGGGCCAGGAGGCCGGAGUUCCCAUGAGAGACAUCCUGCUCUACAGGAAGCAGUUUUACGAGAAGUGGCUGGACGUUCGGGUGCUGUGUGGAAGGGGGGACACGGAGGAGGAGGUGGCGGAGAAGGUGGUCAAGGCCGUGCAGAGAUACCAGAACCGCCACGAGGAAACGUACGUGUCCACCAGAGGCAGCGGCGAGCAGAAGAAGACGUGCUUCAGCGACGUGGUGGUGGAGGGUCUGGCUGCAGACGGUGGUCUGUACGUUCCCAGGAACGGCUUUCCUCGCAUGGAUGCAGGAGAGUGGAAGAGGCUGGUGUCCAUGUCUUAUCCGGAGCGGGCGCUGCUCCUCCUGGAGAAGUGCAUCCACCCUGUGGACGUGAGCCCCGCAGACUUGAGGAGGAUGGUGUUCAAGGCGUACGGCUCCAACUUCUCCAGCGAGGCGGUGGCGCCCGUGAAGCAUCUCGUGGAGCAGCAGUUCGUUCUGGAGCUUUUCCACGGCCCCACCGCCUCCUUCAAGGACCUGGCGCUGCAGCUGAUGCCGCAGCUCUUCGCGCACUGCCUCCCGCUCAUGUGCAACUACCUGGUCCUGGUGGCCACGUCCGGAGACACGGGCAGCGCCGUGCUCAGCGGCUUUGGCGGGCUGAGCGGGGUGGACGCGCGGCGCACGGGUGUGCUGGUGUUUUUUCCGGAGGAGGGGGUGAGCGAGAUCCAGAAGCUGCAGAUGUUGGGCUUCAGGGGCGCGAACGGCAGGGCCGUCGGCGUCCUGUCGGACUUUGAUUUCUGUCAGAAGAGCAUCAAGAGGAUGUUCGGGGAGUCGGGGCUCGUCGGGCAUCUCGCCGUGGAGUACGGAACCGUCCUGAGUACCGCCAACUCCAUCAACUGGGCGCGGCUGCUGCCUCAGGUGGUCUACCAUUCCUCCUCCUACCUGGAUCUGUGCAGAGACGGCGUGAUCCGGUUCGGGGAUCCGGUCGACGUCUGCAUCCCCACUGGAAACUUUGGCAACGCCAUGUCGGCCAUUUAUGCCAAACAAAUGGGCGUCCCCAUCCGGAGAGUCAUCUGCGCCUCCAACCACAACCGCAUCAUCACCGACUUCUUCAGCACGGGCGAGUACGACCUGCGGCGGCGGCGGCUGCUGCCCUCCCACUCGCCGGCCAUCGACAUCCUCAAGUCGUCCAACCUGGAGCGGUUCCUCUUCCACGCGUCGGGGGGGGACAGCGGCCUGGUGGGGGAGCUCUUCGCCCGCCUGGACGCGCAGCAGCACUUCCGAGUGGCGGCGCCGCUGCUCAGCAGGAUGCAGCAGGAGGUGCAGGCCGGCUGCUGCUCCGAGGACGAGUGUCUGUCCGCCGUCCGCCGCGUCCACGCUCGCACAGGCUACCUCAUGGACACCCACACCGCCGUGGCCAAGGUGGUGGCUGACCAGCUGCAGGACGGCUCCUGCCCCGUGGUGCUGAGCUCCACCGCUCACUACGGGAAGUUCGCGCCCGCCGUCUUCCAGGCGUUAGGGGUCCAGAACCCCCCCGAGGAUCCCGUGGAGCAGCUGAGGCUGCUGGAGAGGAGCGCCGCCAGGCCGGGGGCGCACGGGGACAUGCUGAGAGGCCUGCGGGGGGGCAGCGGGCCGCACGCCGUCUGUCAGGCGGAUUACAGGGAGCUGGAGGAAAAGGUGGAGAGCGUGAUCCGGGAGAGCUUCAUGAAGGUCCAGUAGAUUCAUGAAUAUAUACAGGAAUAGCAAAAAUAUAUUUAUAUGAACGAAAAUAUGUGAAAGGUUUAAGUAUAUUAUGGGGGGUAAUUAUAUUUUAAAAAGGACAAUUUUAUAUAUUUUUUAAGCACCUUUACUUUGAAAAUAUGUGGAACUUUUUUUUUAAUAAUAAUAAAAAAAAGAAAAUAUGUGAAACUCUGAAGCUGCAUUCACGCCACCUUCUGUAUUAUCAUAGACUGUAUAAUCACUGGACAGAGCGACUGUGACAUCACCCAUAGAAAAUACCUCCAGCAAAAUGAAGCCAAUUCAGGAGCCAUUUUGCAUUCACACUAGCAUUGUCGCAGGUAGUUCCACUUUGAUCAUCUUUUGAUCUUUCUUCCAAAUGUUCCCAGUGGACUUUUUUAUUUUAAUUAUGGCAUUUUCAGCCAAACCAUUAAAAAUUUGUCUCUGAGUUGUGGGCGGGGCCAUUUGUGUGGAGUGACCCCGCCCCCUUUCCCCUCCCUGUUGCUGAGAGCUUGGAGCAGCAUCUUCUGUCACAAACAUAAUCUUUUUCCAACCACAUUUUUUCAUCUGCUCCUGAUUCACAAAAUAUAAAAUUUGGAGUUUAGCUAAUAUUUUAGCACCAUGCUAACGUUUUUUGCUAAUUUAUUAUCU